AAAUUGGAGCUAAUCUCUAGUCUUAUUGAACUAAAAAAAAUUACCAAACAAAAAUAAAGAGAAAUUCGGGAGGAGAAAAGGAGGAGACUUUGGAGGCAGUUAAUGGUUUCCUUGCAGAGAACAACCGUUUCAUCGAUCUCAAUUAACUAUCCGCACCCUUAAGUGAAAGCUUUCGCUUACUAGAGACACUGAAUGAGAGAAACUCUGCAAUAUAUUAAUCCAAGAUUCGAUUUUUAUUGAUUUAUUUUUCAUGGGUUUCUAGAUAUCAGAUAAUAAUCUGAUUAGUUUUGAUAUAUGUUGAGUGUAAAGAUCAGACCCUGGAAUACAAUUGAGGUUCUUGGGAACUUAGAAGCUGGGAAGUGAUGAAAAUGAUCACUUCUGUGGGGAAGAAGUGUGAAGUAGAGAUGGGGUUAGAGGUAGUGAGGAGCAGCAGGCAGUCAUUUGGGAGAAAGAGAAUUGAGUUGUUAAGUAGUGGUUUAGAGAUUGAUUAUUAUGUAAUUAACUGUAAUUGUAGUAAACAGAUAAAGAAGCAUUGCAGGAAGGUUUUACCAGAGAAAUCUUCAUCACCUUUGGAAGCCUUGCCUGAAGACAUUCUGAUUAGGAUCAUAUUUGGUGUUGAUCAUGAGGAUUUGAUCAGCCUGUUUCAUGUAUCCAAGGCUAUUCGACAAGUGACAUUGAUAGCAAAGAAAUGGCAUUUUGAGUAUAACACGCCAAGAAAGACUAUCGACUUCGAAAGCUUCGUUGGUACUAUGGAAGAGCCAAAUGCUCCAAGGCAGUCAAGGAUUCCAAAGAUUCAGUUAAGCAACAAGAGGCUGGAUGACAUAUCCAUGGUCUUGUUUCCUUGAUGUAAAAAGGAAAAUGGACUUGAUCAAUAUUGCCUUAAGAUCACAAAACUUUUUUAGGGUGGGGUGAAGAAGUUGUUUCUCGUUUUUUUCUUCAACCCCUUGUUGAAGAUAGAUAUAUCAUACUGGUGCAUUGUAAGAGUGUGAUGUCUUAGAGAUUUUGUUGAGGGCUGUGGGCAAUGGGCAUUGGCUAUAUCUUUUAUAUUUACUAACUUAUGAAAUAUACCGCUGGUUACAAAUUGUAUAUUACUAGCAUUCUCAAUCCGUAUUAGAACUCAAGCUACUAGGAUGAAAAUUGUACCAGAAUUUGGGUGUGUUAAUUGAGCUAGCUGCUCAUGGGCCUAAUCGAGUAUAGUUUUUAUAUUAAUAACUGAGAAGAUGUAUUCAAAUUCGUGUUAUUGACC